AUGGCAAACUCGGCUUUAGUCGAUAUCCCUACGGCGUGUUCUCGUCGCGGGUAUCUGUCUACUCUUGGCGUUGUGGUAGAUGUUUUGCCACCUUUGCAAACCAAGGGAUCCUCAAUCUGCGUCACUUUCACCUUGAAGGACUGUUUGUAUGAAGAGCCCACAUGGGCCGGAGGUUUGAAAAUCAAGUACUUCAACGAUCAUCGCGACGCCCUGCCGAGCGUCCAGCUCGACGAUGUUGUACUAUUGAGGGAUAUUCGUAUUGAGAUCACUGCAUAUAAUGACAGGCCUACGGGAGUAGCUUCCCAGCAUGACCAUGUCCAGUGGGCAAUAUUUCGAACAGAGUCAGAUCCCAAUUCGAUACCAACUAUUCUCACAGGCCCUAGCCCUUUCUCGUUGAACGGAGCAGAGGAACGAAUUGCCAGGAGAUUGCUAGAUAGCGCUCCGAAACAUGCGUCAAUUUCUCAGCGUACUGAUGUGCGACGAGCACCUGUUUCCCAGGAACGCUCUCGGGCUGUCUCCGCCUCCGUGGCGCCGUCGCCCUUGAAAAACGGUCUACCGCUUCGGCUCAUCCAGGACAUUCAGCCGGGUCCUUUUGUCCAGAUUCUGGGCCAGGUAGUGAGAAUGAAUACCUUCGACAGUGAGAAAUGCAUGAUGCACCUCACGGACUAUACCACAAACGAGUCUUUGGUCGAAAUCGAAGAGGAUGGUGAUGAGAACGGGGGCGUUGAAGGUGACAACUUCGGGUAUUUAUCCAGGAAAAGGAAAAAUUGGCCUGGUCCGUGGGGGAAGAUGACCAUUCAAGCUGUCCUGUGGGAGCCACAUGCAACCUUCGCGCGAUCUCACGUCAAGGAAGGUCAAAUUGUGUUACUGACGUACACACGUAUUAAGCCUGGCAAUUAUAGUGGCUUGGAGGCUGUAGUGCAUCAGGACAAGCGAUAUCCUGACAAAAUUCAUAUCAAGCUCAUCUCAGACUCUGAUGAGCUCGCACAAGAACUUCUGGCUCGUCGAAAAGCUUAUUGGAAGAUACAUGGGAAGCCAAGCAACAUCGCAGCCAGCUCUUCUAGCAAAAAGAAGAAGAAAACAAGUGCAAAGAAAGAUCUGGACGAAAGGAAAGCCGAAGAGCAAAAACCACUCUCCCUGCCGGCGGCGCGGAAGGGAACGAAUCCAAACAUCAAGACAAGAAGAUACGAUGUGCCUGUUCGCUCGAUUGAGAGGAUUCUCGCUGCUGAGACGCACCAGAACGAGAUUCCUGGUGGUAUUGUAUACCAACUACCUUUCCAAAAUGUUUACUAUCAAGCUGAGGUUCGAGUGGUCGAUUUCUUCCCUCCAAAUUUGGAGGAUUUUGCAGUGCAAGUGCCCUUGCAAUCCAUUAUAUCACCUGAUGGGAACUCCGGAAGGGGUGAAAAUCAGCGCAUGAUUUGGGACUGGCGAUUCUGUCUCCUGGUUGAAGGGACCGAACCACUGGGCUCAAAAGACGAAGCGCGGUCUCAGAUGAAGCUUUUCGUUUCAGGUGCAGAGGCCGAUCAUCUGCUGAGCCUUGAUGCUACAGACCUUCGCCAUAAUCGCACGAGAUUGAACGAGCUCAGAGAGAAAUUGUUCUUACUGUGGGGCGACCUCGAGGAGCUCAAAGUGAGAAACAAAGCUACAAUUCAUCCCGGCGAAAAUUGGACUCCGUCGAAGAUCUCUUCGUUGCCCUUCAAAUGCAGCAUCAAAGAGUACGGUGUUCCAUGCAGUCAUCGAUCGAGUCUGGAGAGUGAGACGCAGGGCCAACUUGAUGAAGAAUACUGUGGCGUGUCUGAUUGCUUUGGCUGGGAAAGACGAUUUGCUUUAUUUGGAACAGCAAUUCAUACAUAG